AAUUUUCCUCAUGCUUUUAGUUUUAGCCACUGUUUCCCACAACAUGGAGUAGAGGUAUUUUUUGCUUUUUUCAUUUAAAUUUUCAAAUUCAAAUGAUUUGAGCGUUUGAUUGAAAGAAAGAAAGAAAGAAAAACAACACACACUCACACAAAUAGAUAGAUACAAGAAUAGAAGAACCAAAAGGGUUGUAAAAUUUGGAUCUUUUGAGUUCUGAGAGACAUGGGAGAGCCAACUUGUCUCAUGCAAGUCCAGCCAUUUUCUUAUGCUUCUGGUCUUCCCAGUGAAGCCAAUGAGGGAAACCCAAUUCAUGCACUAGGGCAAUCAGUCUCUUUUGGGAGGUUUAUGUCAGAGUCCUUAGCUUGGGAGAAAUGGUCAACCUUUUCUAACAACCGCUACGUUGAAGAGGCCGAGAGGUUCUCUCAGCCAGGCUCAGUGGCUCAGAAGAAAGCUUUCUUCGAAGCUCAUUACAAAAACUUAGCAGCUCGAAAGGCAGCUGCUGCAGCAGCGGCCUUGCUUGAAAAGGAAAAUGCAGCUGCAUCAGCAAACACUGCUCCUGAUAAACCUGAUCCAACCCAAGAUUCAAAAACGACAGUUUCCAACUUUGAAGCUGUCGUUGAUGAACUGGGACAGAAAAUUUUCGUCGUCAACGGAAAUGGGCAUCGUCCAAAUGUUGAAAAAAUCGAAAAUUUUGACAGCAGAAAGGUUGAAGUUACUGAUGUGGUAACUGGGGUUGAAGUUUCAAGCCAUGUUGAAAACCAGGAGGAAAAAGUGAGAGAGUUAAGCGAGACAGCAAAGUUGGAAAAAUCCAUAUCAAAGCCUGAACGAGAAGUUCCCAAGAAGAAAAUAACUCUUUCUUCUACAAAAUCUUCAACCAAAUCUGCAGCUCACACAAAAUCAUCAACCAAAUCUGCAGCUCCUACUGCAACUCCAUUGAAUAAAAGACUUGCAUUAGAGCCAACAGAUAAGAAGAGAUCAACUCCGAAAACCCUUCACAAGGCUAUAAAUUUCACACCCAUUAGAGAACUAAAUAGAAUAACCUCAUCAGUCAUUAGAAAGAUUGAGAAUUCUAGAGUCGGUGCCAGUUCUUCCAAGGCAAAUAAAGAUAUUUCCACUCCUUUAAGAACUCCAAACACGGUAUCUAAGAAUGGGGUUCGACAGCAGACUCUAAACACUCCUUGUUCGGCAAACAGAAGGGCUGCAACACCAGUCAAUCCCCCAACCUCAGGAAUCAAACCAUCUGGACCAAAAUGGCGGUUGCUUCCUACAGAUUGUUCAAAGUUUUUGAGUGGUUGCAGAAAAAAAACACGGUCCCCAUUUUCAUCGACUCCUUUCAGCUUGAGAACAGAAGAGAGAGCUGCAAGAAGACAGGAGAAGCUAGAAGAAAAAUUCAAUGCGAACGAGGCAAUUACAGAGCAGCUACAGACUAAAGUCAAGGACAAACCAGAAACAGCAGCUGGGAAGUUAAAUCCAAGUCUUUGCUUCAAAGCCAGGCCAUUGCCUGAUUUUUAUAAGCAAAGAAAACCUCAAAAGAAUGAGAUUAAAAAGGUUCCUCCAGUUACUCGUCCUCAAUCACCUAAUCUAAGAAGCAAGCCUACUCCUACUAAAGUUGAGAAGAGAUCCUCUCAAACUCCUAAUAAGCCACCUGUGAAGAACAAUGGCUCUAAGCAGAUUCAGGGAAAGAAUGCUCGUAGUCCGACUUGUUCUCUCAUUUCACGACCCACUAGGACGACUACAAUAACUCAUGAGAACAGAUCUCCAAAUAUUCAGCAGGGAUAAUUAAAGCCAAGCUUUGAAGAGUCCCCAGAUAUUAUGCAUGUCAAAAGCUGCUUCUAAAUGAUUUAGACAUAUUCAUAAAUUCGUUCCAAGUUCCACUUUGUAAUUAGUAUUAAGUACAUAAUUCUUUUGAUAGGACUUAAAUCCAGGGAUGUGAGCUAUGAUAUGUGGUUUUUGUU